AUGGCCAGUACUAUUCCUCAUGAGAUUAUCUGUUGGCUAAACCUUGAUUUUUCUACUCGCACCAGUUCUGAAUCUUCUUUGGUGAUCAGUUCCAGCCAUUCAUCUUUCGAACCCUUAACUAGCACAGUGUCGUCAUCUAAUCUUUCCACUACCACAGUGACCAGCUCAGUUGGUAGUCCUUCACCCACUACCCAACCUCCAAUGAGCUCCAAUCCUCCCCAUACAUCAAGCUCUUUUGCUGAACCAACCUCUUCAGCCUCUCCUGCUGCACCAACCUCGACUCUCCAGUCAUCGUCUUCUCCAGCUUCACAGCCAUCGUCAAUUCCACAGCCACAACCAUCUGUUCCUGCACCACAACCAUCUGUUCCUGCACCACAACCGCCCGUUCCUGAACCACCUGUUCCUGCACCACAGCCAUCUAUUGUUCCAAUCACUACAACCCAGGAUCCUUCGACUGUCACUACCAGAGCUACUUUACGAGUUACUUCUGCUCGAGGCAGUCAAACUCCGUUCGUUGAUGUAGUAGGCUCACUCAGCUCACAGACAGAUGCUAGUCCAACAUCCAUUUUAGGAUCCUCGGCUCCUAUUGGUUCUGACAAUACUCCAAGUCCGCUCUCAACUGCUGCAAUUGCUGGAACUGCUGCUGCUGUAGUGGGUUGUGCAAUUCUGACAUUGAUUGUUGGUGUGUUUCUGAUUAGACGUAGGCGUCGUCAGCAAACUUAUAUACACGAACAAACCCUUUCUGAUAUCUUUAAACAAACCUCUGCCUCUAAUGGUAGCUCUUCUCCUCGUGCCGGUGUGCAGACGCCUGUACAAAGCAGUAUUCAAGCAUUCAAUGUCAGACCAAAUAGCGAUCUCCAAUCCGGUGUCAUUGUCAUGCAGCCAGUUGCCACUACCCAGGAAAGCAGUGAAUCCAUGUAUGCUGCCUACCAUAAUCAGCAGUAUCAGCAACCAUUUCAACAAGGCGGUGCACAGCAAGGUCGCGGGUACAGGGGUGCUACGGAACAGUAUUCCAUGAACGACAAUACAAUAAUGGCAAUGGGACCCGCAGCAUAUGAUGGUAAUCAUUAUAUUGCUGCUGCUGCACCACUAACUGGAUAUGGCCCAGGCUACGCUUCGUAUUACGAUGGAUACGAAUCUCUCUACUCUACACUACCUAACAAUCCAAUGAAUGACCGGACUCAACCCAUGAGUCACACCAACUAUUACAGUUCAUCAGAUGAAAGUGCUAUCAACUCGUACUAUGUUACUGCUGGUGGAGUUGCUCCAGUUUCCUCGGUCGCAAACAAUGCUCAUGACUCGGUAACUGACUCGAUUCAGUUCUCCCAUAAAGACUCUGUCGAGACCAUCUCUAAACUUGUUCCAUCUUCGAUCGCUAAUCACGAUAAACUGCACAAUGCUGUGCUCGACCGAAACAAUUCUGAGACCAAUGCUGUUCAUUCAAGCAAGCCACUUCCGGCAUACCCUGUCCCUGAAAAAUAUAAUGUGGAUGCUGAAAAAGUGAAGCACUAA